UUGGAGGCAGGGCUGGGUGGAGUUCAGAGCAUGCCAUGCAGUGAGGAGCACUAGCACUCCAGAGCACUGAACUGGAGCACUCCUACGUCUAGUCUAUACCCAAUGGAGCCUGGACAGGCCGAGGAGAGGGGACAGCAUGGACAGCCUGCUUUGAUUCAGGACACUUCAAAUGAGAGUGGCCAGAAUAGCAGCUGUAUUCAUGCAAGGGCCUUCCUUAAGACUCUGGGUCAAAAUGACAAGUUUCGUCUGGUCAUGUCCCUGGUCCUGGGUCAAGUCCUCUCCCUCAUGCUGUGUGGAACGGGGGUGACCAGCCAGCUGCUACAGAGCACCCACGGCAUACACGUACCCACCACCCAGUCAUUCAUAAACUAUGUCCUCCUAACAACUGUGUUUGGGGUCUCCCUAGCAGUGAGGAAAGACUUUGUGCAAGUGCUACGGAGAAACUGGUGGAAAUAUAUUAUCCUGGGAGUGAUUGAUGUGGAGGCCAACUACAUGAUAGUGCGGGCAUAUGAGUACACCAACUUGACCACCAUACAGCUGUUGGACAGCUUCACGAUAGCUUGUGUGAUGGUACUCUCUUUCUUCUUCCUGCGGGUCCGCUACAAACUCAUCAACCUCAUGGGAGUGAGUCUGGCUCUCAUUGGUAUUGUCUGUCUCGUACUGGCCACUCUGGUAGGCUCAGGCAGUCAAACAGGGUCCAAUCCGUUAUUAGGAGAUCUGCUAUGCCUGGGUGGAUCAGCUCUGUAUGCCAUCAGUAAUGUGGCUCAGGAGUUUCUAGUCAAGAACCACUCCAUAACCGAGUUCCUCGGACUCAUUGGUAUGACAGGAAGUGUUGUCUCUGCCAUUCAAUUAGUUAUUCUUGAGAGGGAAUCAUUGGCCAAAAUUGACUGGAGCUAUGAUGUUGGUUUGUUGUUCUUUGGUUUUGGUGUGUGUAUGUUCACCUUCUACUCUGUGAUGCCUCAUGUGAUGAAGUUCUCCAGUGCAGUGGUGGUCAACCUCUCUCUCUUAACAGCUGACAUCUAUACUCUCUUCUUUGGCCUCUAUCUCUUCCACUUUGUGUUCUCUUUCUUCUACGUUGUGGCAUUCUUCCUAAUCGUAACUGGAGUGUUCAUAUACAACAUACGACAGCCAAAAGCUUCCAAAAAGGACAAAGAUGUCACAGCAUCAUUUGUAAGGAACUCCAAACCACCUGCUCCACAACCUCCUCCUAAAGAAUUGGACUUAUCACGACCAGUCAGACGCAAACGCUUCAUAUUGAGAGAACUGUUAGAGAGUAGUACAAUCGAGACAACGACUGCUGAAGCUCUUCCCCCCAUUAGAAAGAAGAAGUAUCGUCAAAGGAACUCUUCAACAGGCACAUACCCACCCACGGCCGAGUCCUCCCCUCUUGCCCAGAGUAGAGUUCCAUGGGACCCAGCAGACACGCCCAUUUCUCCUUCCUCCUACGGCAGUGUGUCUUUGGUGUCUACCUCUCCCUCUGUCAAAUCUGAAUCUACAGAGACUCUGCAAAGCUCACAAGAACUCAGAACUCAUAGGCCUAGAAGAGACGUUAAGGCUAGCAAAUCACAAUUGGUUUCCGUUACUCAAUAUUCAACAGAGUGAACUAUUUAUUAUCACGUUUUUUGUAUAUACAUGUUUUGGGUUGCCACUGAAUUCAUUAAUUAUUGGCAAACGUAAUGUUCUUUGUGAAAUGUC